CAGCUCUUCACAUGGAUGUUUGACUCAGAUCAGACGACGUGGACCUGAUCAGUGAAUGGGAUUAAACUGACACACACACACACACACACACACACACACAGUUACUGCUGCUGUUGUUCGUGAACGAGGACGAUUAAAGAUGCUGCUGCUUCCCUCUGUUUUCCUGCUGCUGCUCCUCGAGCUCUGCAGCUGCACAAGUUUUCCAAGUAACAUCAACAUCGGGGGCCUUUUCCCCUCCGGCUCCCACGAGUACGAGGUUUUCCGCUUUGCGCUGGCGCAGCAUCAGGACGUCCCGAAGCUGGUGCCGCAGGUGGACGUGGUGGACACGGGGAGCAGCUUUGCCAUGACGUACGCCUUCUGCUCGCAGUUCUCUAAAGGCGUGUACGCCAUCAUGGGUCUGUACGACCAGCGGACGGUCAACAUGCUGAUGUCGUUCUGCAGCUCGCUGCAUGUCUGCUUCGUCACGCCGUCGUUUCCCGUUCACACCAACAACCAGUUUGUGGUGCAGCUUCGUCCUGAGCUGCAGGAGCCGCUCAUGUCCCUGCUGGAGCAUUUCUGCUGGACCAGGUUCGUCUACAUGUACAGCUCAGACUCAGGUCUGUCGGUGCUGCAGAAGAUCUUGGACACGGCGGCGGAGCAGACGUGGUUGGUCACCACCGUCAACCUGGACGUCCUGACGGAGGCGGCAUUCGUCAAACUGCUCAAUGACCUCGACUUCAAGAGGGAGUUUCAGGUGAUCAUCGACUGUGAAGUGGAGAGACUCAACUCCAUCCUCAACCUGAUCUCUGCUCAGGGGAGGAACCUGAAAAACUACCACUACAUCCUGGUCAGCCUGGGCUUCACCGACCUGAACAUUACUGAGUUCCAGAAGCUCGGUCCAAACGUGACGGGCUUCCAGCUGGUGGACUGGUCUAAUCCUGGAGUGGAGAAGAUCAACCAGGACUGGCUGAACUUUGACAGUAAAGACCUGAGACUGCCCCGCAGGAGCCUGAGGUACACAGGAGCCUUGACCUACGACGGCGUCGUUGCCAUGGCAACGGCCUUCCACAACCUGCGACGCCAGAGGAUCGACAUCUCUCGCCGUGGCAACGCAGGAGAAUGUUUGGCCAACCCACCUGCGCCGUGGGGUCAAGGUAUCGACAUCCAGAGAGCACUGCAACAGGUGCGUCUCCAGGGAUUGACGGGACACGUUCAGUUUGAUGAGCGAGGACAUCGAACCAACUUCACUCUGACUGUGAUGGAACUGAGCCACACUGGAGACAGGAAGAUUGGACACUGGAACGAGAGGCGGGGCUAUGUGAAAACAGCGAUGUUCAAGCCGCAGGUGGAGGAAUAUUUUCACGGUUUACAGAAUAGAACCUACGUCGUCACCACUAUACUGGAGGCUCCGUACAUGAUGCUGAAGAAGAACCACGAGCAGUUUGUGGGGAACGACCGGUACGAGGGUUACUGCGCUGAGCUAGCCUCAGAGAUCGCCAAACACGUGGGCUUCUCGUAUCGCCUGGAGCUGGUGGGCGACGGCAAGUACGGCUCCAGAGACCCAGAGACCAAGACCUGGAACGGCAUGGUGGGAGAACUGGUGUACGGGAAAGCCGAUGUGGCGGUCGCUCCGCUCACCAUCACGCUGGUGCGAGAGAAAAUGAUCGACUUCACCAAACCGUUCAUGUCUCUUGGGAUUUCCAUCAUGAUCAAAAAACCCACCAAGUCCAAACCGGGCGUCUUCUCCUUUCUGGAUCCUCUGGCCUACGAGAUCUGGAUGUGCAUCGUGUUCGCCUACAUCGGUGUCAGCGUGGUGCUCUUCCUGGUGAGUCGCUUCAGUCCAUACGAGUGGGAGGGGGAGGAGUCUGAUGACGAAGACGAAACUCUGCCCUCCUCUGCCUCUCGUCAAGCUCCACCCACCUUGUUGUCGAAGCUCACUCACUCACCAGUGUUCUCCCAGGACCAGGACCAGGAGCAGAACCAGGACCAGAACCAGAACCAGCAGAAAGAGAAGGAGGCUCCCGAACACACCAAUGACUUUGGGAUCUUCAACUCUCUGUGGUUUUCACUCGGUGCCUUCAUGCAGCAGGGGUGUGACAUCUCGCCGCGGUCUCUCUCUGGUCGAAUUGUCGGAGGAGUUUGGUGGUUUUUCACCCUCAUCAUCAUCUCGUCCUACACAGCCAACCUGGCGGCCUUCCUCACUGUGGAGAGGAUGGUGUCCCCCAUAGAGGGCGCCGAGGACCUGGCCAAGCAGUCCGAGAUUUCCUACGGAACCCUGGAAGGAGGUUCCACCAAAGAGUUCUUCAGUAGGUCAAAGAUCGCCGUGUUUGAGAAGAUGUGGUCGUACAUGCGGAGCACCGAGCCCUCGGUGUUCGUCAGGAACACGGACGAAGGCGUGCUGCGCGUCAGGAAGUCGAAGGGGAAGUACGCGUACCUGCUGGAGUCCGCCAUGAACGAGUACAUUGAGCAGAGGAAGCCCUGUGACACCAUGAAAGUGGGAGGCAACCUGGACUCCAAGGGCUACGGCGUGGCCACGCCCAAAGGCUCGCCGCUCAGAAACCCUGUAAACUUGGCAGUGUUAAAACUGAACGAGCAGGGCCUGUUGGACAAAUUGAAAAACAGAUGGUGGUAUGACAAGGGAGAGUGCGGCGUCGGGGGAGGGGACUCCAAGGACAAGACGAGUGCGCUCAGUCUGAGCAAUGUGGCGGGAGUGUUUUACAUCCUGAUUGGUGGACUGGGUCUGGCCAUGCUGGUGGCUCUGGUCGAGUUCUGCUAUAAGUCCCGCCUCGAGUCCAGGAGGAUGAAGGAGCUCAUCGACGCCGCCAUGAUGAGCACCAGCUUUGGCGGGAUGAUGACAGGAGGAGGAGGAGCCAGUGGUAUGGUGGCGGCUGUGGGCGGGUCAGUCGAAGGAGGAGGAGGCGGAGCGUCUGGAUUCGGGGGCGAGAAUGGUCGCGUGAUGGUGCAAGACUUCCCAAAAUCUGGAGCUCAGGGUUUACCAUGCAUGAGCAAGUCAGCUGGACUGGGACGGUCCUCCACCAGCAUGUGAUCCAGACUGAGGCUCCUGAUUGGACAGAACGCUCCUAUUUGUCUGUCUGUGUGUGUGUUUGUGUGUGUCUCUGAUGACAAACUGGGAUUAAAAACAAACAAAAACACAACUUGACUUUUCUACAAACGCUGUUUCAAACUCAACUCGAUGAAACUGCAAUAACUGAGUGUGAGGAGAGAAACAACGAGCUGCUUCCUCCUUUUUUCUCUUUUAAUUAAGUGUAAUUGUCGGAUUUGUCGGAGGUAAUGACACUGUGAGCGCCCCCUGCUGCUGAGAAACCAGAGGCUCACUCUCAGUGCUGCGUUAGUCUACGAUGUCUUUAACAACAGGAAACUGACGUUUGCAAACCACUCACUCUCCCACACCAAACCCCAGAGAGAAAAUCAGUGAUUUUAGCUGCUGGUCCUCUGCUGCCUCGUGUGGUCACUUUGUGUCACUGAGGUCAAUCUGAAGGAAAUAUUUCAAAUGCCGAAUUGACAAAAUAAGACAUUUGAACUUAGUGAUGGAGGCAGCAGUGGAUCAACAACUCCUGUGUGUGUGUGUGUGUGUGUGAUGUUAAAAUCACUGGUUUUCUCUAUGAGGUUUGGUGUGGGAGAGUGGGUGGUUUACAAACCUCAGUUUCCUGUUGUUAAAGUGAGAUAAAGAUCUUAUGCAGCAGCAGCAGCAGCAUUAUCAGCAACAGCAGCAGCAGCAGCAGUAACAGAAACAGCAGCAGCAGUAACAGCAGCAGCAGUAACAGUAACAGCAGCAGCAGUAACAGCAGCAGCAGUAACAGAAACAGCAGCAGUAACAGUAACAGCAGCAGUAACAGCAGCAGCAGUAACAGAAACAGCAGCAGCAGUAACAGCAGCAGCAGCAGCAGUAACAGCAGCAGCAGCAGUAACAGCAGUAAAAGCAGCAGCAGCAGCAGUAACAGAAACAGCAGCAGCAGUAACAGUACCAGCAGCAGCAGUAACAGCAGUAAAAGCAGCAGCAGCAGUAACAGCAGCAGCAGCAGUAACAGAAACAGCAGCAGCAGUAACAGUAACAGCAGCAGCAGUAACAGCAGCAGCAGCAGCAGCAGCAGGGGGCGCUCACAGUGUCUCACGUCUCAGAAGAAGAACUUCUCCCUUUUGUCACAUUUACACGAGCGAGUUUGAGCAUGUCACAGAAACACAGACGAACGCGUGUCCUUGAACACAUCACUGAAGAAUCCUCUCAUUUCUGUGUGUUUGUGUGAUUUUAACAUUUUCCCCGUACGCUGAUGUCAAGUUUCACCCCCAAGUUCCGGUUUAUAUAGUGGGAGGGGCAGGGGGAGGGGCCUGGAGGAUGACUAGCAUGCGUCUGUGGUGCAGGUCUCGUGUUUCUCUGGACUGAAAACACGUGCAGCAGAACUUUGUUUCAUACAAUUAAAGUGUAUGAUGACGUUUGUCAUGAUUGAUGGAGUGAUUUUGAUUUGGUUGAUUUGGUUGAUUUGGUUGCCUGCGAUCAGGUCCGUGAGUGUAUUUAAUAAAAAC